CUUCCCAGCACAGUGGGACUCUUGAUGAACGAGAAGAAGACGACGAAGAAUCCGAAAUUCGAUGCUACGUUUGCGACCAGGCCUACAAUGACAUCGACAAAUUAGAUGAGCACCUCAUCGCAAAACACAACUACCGAAGAGACGAAUACCAGUGCGAAUACUGUCCAAAAGCGUAUUCACAUCGCCCUUGUUUGAUCAAACAUCGAGCCAUUAAACACGGAGAAACGAAGAAGUAUCAUUGUGAGAAUUGCCCCAAGCCUACAAGCCUGGAUGAGCAUCAUAGAAUCCUUAAGAUCCAGCCUCUCCAUAAUUUGACAGACAAUAAAGCAGCUGAUUUCUCGGUAUUCACUGAUCCCAGCAACCUCCAGAGGCAUAUAAGAACAAACCACGUUGGUGCUAGAUCUCAUGCUUGUCCCGAAUGUGGAAAAACAUUUGCAACUUCUUCUGGUCUGAAGCAGCACACUCAUAUCCAUUCUUCUGUGAAACCUUUUCAAUGUGAGGUCUGUUUUAAGGCCUACACCCAGUUCUCCAAUCUGUGUCGCCACAAGCGAAUGCAUGCUGACUGUCGAAUGCAAAUAAAGUGCGUCAAGUGUGGGCAAUCCUUCUCCACCGUUACUUCUUUAUCGAAGCACAAACGAUUUUGCGAUUCAACAGCACCGACCUCUUCUCUAGCUUCACAACCACAACUACCUCUCAGUGCAAUGGCUGGAACCAAUCCCUUUCCGCUGUACAGACCUGGUUGCUCUUUACCUUUUGGAUUUCCUCCCCAGUUUCCUCCCUACCACCAACUGUUUCCUUCCGGACCGAUGAUCCCUCCCCUAUUCUUCAACCAGAUGCAUAAGCUCAACUCUGGGGAAGAACACUCUCCUCCGAAGAAGCUGAGGUUGAGCAGCGAAGGUCUUUCCCCAAAGAUGGAGCGGUUUUCGCCUAAAGCAGAAAGAUCUUCACCUUGUGUUGAGAGAUUCACACCUCCAAGAGAUACCACCUUCAUGGCGAAAAUCAGUCCCCCUAAAGGUACCGAAGCCAAUGUAGCCCCUUCCCCAGCAAGACCUAGCAAAGUGUUCGCAACAACCGAACACAUACGAGUGGAAAUCCCUGAGGAUGAAGACGAGUUUCCGAAGGACUUGUCUAAAAACUCUUGCAGCCCUUCAUCUUCGAGUAGUGAUGAUGGAGAUCAACCGCUGGACCUGAGUGGGUGGAAGAAAUCCAAGCAGACCCCGGAUACCAAGUUUAUUGAGCCACAACGUCAGACCACCGCUUCUCCAGAGUCAACCAGAGAGGAAAAAAUUGACGUAGUGGACGUAGAGGAAGAAAAGUCUCUGCCAAUGGAUGAAACUCCAGUCAAACCAACAAUGGCAUAUCCCCGACCCAUACACCCCAUGAUGCCAGACAUGUGCAGGACGUUUCCAUAUAAUUACCCGCAUCCUCAAACUAACGACAGGUUACUGCCUUAUCCCUUCCACCAUCACAGGUUUCCAUUCUUGAAUGCUCUGCCUCCUCAAAGGAUUGACCUGCUCCGACCCGCCCUUCCAGGAUUCAAUAACAGCAGACCCUUCCAUGAUGUCAUGCAGCAGAGUCAAGGCAAGAUCAAUAAGGACAGAUACGCCUGUAAGUUCUGCGGGAAAGUGUUCCCCAGAUCUGCAAACCUAACCAGGCAUUUGAGGACUCACACAGGGGAGCAGCCAUACAAGUGCAGGUACUGCGAGAGGUCAUUUAGCAUAUCCAGUAACCUCCAGAGACACGUGAGGAAUAUCCACAACAAGGAGAAGCCGUUCAAAUGUCCGCUUUGUGACAGAUGCUUUGGUCAACAGACAAAUUUGGAUAGGCACCUGAAGAAACACGAAUCUGAUGAUGGCAACGGUGGGGUAGCAGUUGCAGAUUCGCCAGGGAGUAGUAACGAAAACGAAAGAGAGGAUGCUUGCUUUGACGAAAUCAGAUCUUUCAUGGGAAUUGUGACCUCUGGUGGAACUGACUACUAUAACAAUAGCAGGGUCUACAAUACGUCACCUCUCAAUAACGACAUUGACGUUGUAGGCAAAGAAGAUGAGGAUUCAGAAACUUACUCGGAAGUAGCUGAUGAGUAUUUGACUCAAACUAUGAAACAAGAGAAGGAAAAAUUGUUGAACAAUAAUGACCAGACAAUCAAGGUUUCUACCUAGUUAUGAGCCGUCAGUAAUUUUCAAAGUUAGCACUUUUUUGGGAGAGUUUUAUAAUGUGAUCGUCUUUUUUAAAGUUCUAGAGUAGAAUUGAGUUAAUUUAUUGUAAAUAUGCAUAUCUGUCGAUAUAUAAAUUGUAUAGUAUUUCUUAAGUAAGAUUAUAAAGUUCCUACACAAAUUUUGUCAAUUUCGGAUAUAUUCAUGCACUUGAAUCUCAUAUUAUUCCUAUAACAACCUCCGAAGUGUUGGAGUCUAUUGUAUUCAUUCUCCGUAUCACAAUCUAGCAGUAGUUUUGCUAAGUGACUUGCUUUAUUGAUAUUACAAAUGUACUAUACAAAAUUAUCCUUGAUAUUCUUUAAUAUGUUACUUUCCAAUAGCACUAUUGUUUAUUUAUGACAUUCGCCACUUGUAUAUAUAUAGAUGAAUUUUCGAAUUAUCUGAUAGGUUCUAAGAGAAUAGUGUAUGUAGUUUUUUUUGAGAUAUGUGAAAGGGAAGUCUUAUUUACCAGUGAUAUUUCGAUUUGAAAAAUAUAAAUCGUGAAUUCGAAACCAAAGUUAAUGAAUAUUCCGUACAAAGUAUUUUUGGUUUUUACCAAGGUGAAUGUACUAAAUCAUAGUUGUUUAUUAUAUGUAUUUUCCUUUUAUCAUCACUUAUGAAUAGUACUUAGGGCAUCAUCACUUAUUGUAAAAUAUAUUUAAAAAAAUAAACACACAUAUAUAAGA